GUAUAGCUCAGUGUCCUAAUUCCUUCUCUAUUCCAUUUAUCUAUAAUAUUAUUUUUUUUCUAUCAAAACUCUUGAUUUUAAUUAAUACUACUACAACAACAAUCUUGCAUCUGAGUGAAUAUGGACGUGAAAAACAGGGGAGUUUCAUUGAUAAUAUUAUCGCUCUUUCUGUUACUUUCUUCUAUUUUCUCUUCAGCCAAUCGAAUUAUCCACAACAACAACCUAAAAAAAAAUCCAAUUUCUUUUCAUUCCCUCGUUUCCUCUACCAUUUACUCCAUUCAAGGAAAUGUAUAUCCACUUGGGUUUUACACAGUGACCUUGAACAUUGGCAAUCCACCAAAGCCUUACGACCUUGACAUUGACACUGGGAGUGAUAUCACAUGGAUUCAGUGUGAUGCACCAUGUACAGGUUGCACCAAGCCUGUAGAACAACUUUAUAAACCGCAUAAUAACAUUGUGAAAUGUACGGAUCCCGUAUGCGCUGCAAUUCAAAAUCAUCACUGUGAUGACCCGAAUCAUCAGUGUGAUUACGAGGUUCUGUAUGUAGAUCAUGGAUCAUCUCUUGGGGUAUUAGUCCGAGACAAUUUUCCUAUUGGAACAUCUAGCAGUGGAUCUCUACUACAACCUUUGGUGGCAUUUGGGUGUGGGUACGAUCAAGAGUUUUCUGGUCCAAAUCCGCCACCUGACACAAUAGGGGUUCUUGGGCUUGGCAGUGGAAAAACAAGCAUUUUAUCACAGCUUAGCUCUCAAGGAUAUAUUCGUAAUGUGUUGGGUCACUGCUUAAGUUCCAAAGGAGGAGGGUAUUUAUUCUUUGGAGACCAAUUUGUUCCAUCAUCUGGAAUUAAUUGGACACCUUUAAUUCAGAAUUCUCCAGAACAACACUAUAACACGGGUCCAGCAGACAUACUUUUUAAUGGAAUGCCAACUUCAGUCAAGAAUAUUCAACUUAUUUUUGAUAGUGGAAGCUCCUACACUUACUUCAAUUCUGAAGCUUAUAACGCUGUUGUUGCUCUGGUGAAAAAUGAUGUAAAAGGGAAGCUUAGUGAUGCAUCUGAUGAUCCAUCAUUGCCAAUUUGUUGGAAGGGUGCGGAGCCUUUCAAAUCUUUGAGUGAUGUUGAUACUUAUUUUAAGCCCCUGGAUCUAAGUUUCAGCAAAUCAAAUGAUUUGUAUUUUCAUCUUCCACCUUCAGCUUAUCUAAUAAUAACAGAACAUGGUAACGUUUGCUUGGGGAUUCUUGACGGCUCUCAAGUAGACCUAGGAGAUCUUAACGUAAUUGGAGAUAUCUUUUUGCAAGAUAAGGUAGUGAUUUAUGACAACGAGAACAAACGAGUUGGAUGGGCCUCUGCGGAUUGUAAUACACAUCCACACCCAUAAAUCAAUAUUAAUAUAUUAUUAUUUCAUCUCUCGUGGUAAAAAAAACAAAUUGGACGGCCUCUACUGAUUGUAAUAAACAAUGCAUAUUUACAGAGAAAUAUAAAUUUUUAAACAUUCAAUGACA